UUCAACGUGAGUGUUGAGUGUUGAAGUCAACAGUUUGACGUCAUCAGCGACGUUCCAACUCGAGUACAAAGUGCUUAGUUCCCAUAAUUCCAUUCUCAGCAAGAAGGAGGACAAAUGUAUUAUUUCGUGUGCUAUUACAGCAUUUUGCAAUAUUUUUAAUGACAACGCGAUGAUUUCUUAUAAAAGGAAAAUGAAACACGACGACGACGACGACGACCUGCUACAUGUAAAUGUAGCAGCUAUGGAAAAAAACAUAAAGAGAAAGAAGGCCAAAAUAGUAGGAUAUGUAGAAGAGAUAGUUCCUAUGUAUUCCAUGGAAGAUUUUAAAUCUCACUUUCAUUUGAGUCGUUCAACAAUUGAGGUAUGUUAAAGUGCUUAAAUUAUAAUUAUCUGUUUAGUUUGUCAAAUAUUUUACUGUAUUUUACCUAAAAUAUUUCGUUUAUGUAUAUUUCGUAAUGAAACGAUAUCUAAGCAAUAAUCAUUUUAAGAAAUUUUAUUUUUAUUCAGCAUUUGAUGUAGAUGAUUAUUUCGGAGCCUAGUAAAAGAAAGCCAGCAAUGAAAAGAGAAGAUUCCAUAUUGUUAUCGUUAUGGUUGAUUGGCAACCAAGAAUCUUUUUGAGGUGUUGCUGACAGAUUUGGCAUUGGACAGGGCCAUGCCCACAGAGAAUUUGUUGCAUUCUGUAAGGAUGUAAUGCAAAUAGCAGAGAGAGUUAUCCAGUGGCCUACAGGAAAAGAAAUUGAAAAAACUGUUAAAGAAUUUAAUGAACUGAGAGGGUGCAACAGUUUUCCUGGAGUUUUAGGCUGUAUUGAUGGAACUCAUAUUCCAUUUACAGCCUCCAAAAAUGAAAAGGUUGCACAUUUCAACAGAAAAAAUUUCACUUCUGUCAUUCUACAGGCUGUAUGUGAUGCGAAAUUAAAAUUUAUAGAUGUCUUUGCUGGUUGGCCAGGCUCAUCAAAUGAUGCCAGAGUUUUCCAAAGAAGUCCUCUCUAUCUAAAAAUAAAACAUAAUUCUGAGAUGAUUUCAGAAAACUAUCAUUUAUUAGGUGAUAGUGCAUAUCCAUUAUCCAAAAAAUUAUUAACUCCUUAUCGUGAUAAUGGACACUUAAACAAUAUUAAAAAAUAUUACAAUAAAAUUCUUAGUUCAACUAGAAUUGUUAUUAAACAAGCAUUUGGACAAUUAUUUGGCAGGUUUAGAAGGCUGAAACAUCUACAUAUGUUUCAAAGGGAUUUGAUUCCAGAAGUGAUAAUAACUGGCUGUGUAUUGCAUAAUUUGGCAUUUUAUAUAAUGAUAUACCUCCAGAUGCUUGUGCUAUAAAUGGUAAUUUGCAAAACAGUUCUCAGAAUUUUGGAGAAGAGUAUCAAGAUGGAAUUAGCAAAAGAGAGGAAAUUGCUAAUAAAUUAUAUGCCAAUCAUAAUGGUUAAAAAGUAUCUAUUGAUACUUUUAUUUUUUUUUCUAUUAAUACAUUAAAAUCAAGUUUGUAAUUAUUAUUAUUGU